GGCUCGGAGCGGCGGCCAGAGGAACCCCGAGCCCUGACCCAGCCCGCGCUGGAGGGAUGGAGAACUCCUCCGCAGCAUCUGCCUCCUCUGAGGCUGGGAGCAGCCGCUCCCAGGAGAUCGAGGAGCUCGAGCGGUUCAUCGACAGCUACGUGCUCGAGUACCAGGUGCAGGGGCUGCUGGCAGACAAGACGGAAGGUGAUGGUGAGAGCGAGAAAACACAGUCCCACAUCUCCCAGUGGACAGCGGACUGCAGCCGGCAGCUGGACAGCAGCUGUCCCUUCUCCCGAGGGCGAGCCCCCCCGCAGCAGAACGGCAGCAAAGAUAACUCUCUGGACAUGCUGGGCACAGACAUCUGGGCCGCCAACACCUUCGACUCCUUCAGUGGUGCCACCUGGGACCUGCAGCCUGAAAAGCUGGACUUCACCCAGUUCCACAGGAGACUCCGACACACGCCCAAGCAGCCCCUGGCACACAUCGACCGUGAAGGGUGUGGAAAAGGGAAGCUGGAAGAUGGGGAUGGGAUCAACCUGAAUGACAUCGAGAAGGUCCUCCCAGCCUGGCAGGGCUACCACCCGAUGCCCCAUGAAGUGGAGAUUGCGCACACGAAGAAGCUGUUCCGGAGGAGAAGGAAUGACCGAAGACGGCAGCAGAGACCUCCAGGAGGGAGCAAGCCCCAGCAGCAUGGCGACCACCAGCCAGGCAGUGCGAAACACAACAGGGACCAUCAGAAGUCCUACCAGGGGGGCUCGGCGCCCCACCCCUCAGGGAGGCCCACCCAUCACGGCUACAGCCAGAACCGGCGCUGGCACCAUGGCAACAUGAAGCACCCACCCAGCGACAAGGGAGAGGCAGGCACCCACCGCAGCGCUAAAGAGACCGUACCCAUGGGCAGCCCCAAGCUCGAGGACGCCCUGGGGGACACCGGGCACAGUGGCCUCGAGCCCCCCUGCAGCCCCGAUGGCCCGGCCCCAGCGGCUUCUGAGAGGCUACCCCCGCAGCAGCCGGGAGCCCCGGAGGCCGAGGCAAAGCGUAAAGACAGUGUUACCCCCGAGCGCAUCGGGGAGCGGCCCAAAAUUACCCUGCUCCAGUCUUCCAAAGACAGGCUGCGGCGGAGGCUGAAGGAAAAGGGACCGGACGAGGUGGCCGUGGAGCCCCCCACCCCGCAGCAGAACAAGAUGGACAAGCUGAUUGAGAUCCUGAACAGCAUGCGCAACAACAGCAGCGACGUGGACGCCAAGCUCAGCACCUUCAUGGAGGAGGCGCAGAACUCGACCAACUCGGAGGAGAUGCUGGGCGAGAUCGUGCGCACCAUCUACCAGAAGGCCGUGUCCGACCGCAGCUUCGCCUUCACGGCCGCCAAGCUCUGCGACAAGAUGGCGCUCUUCAUGGUGGAGGGGACCAAGUUCCGCAGCCUGCUGCUCAACAUGCUCCAGAAGGACUUCACAGUGCGGGAGGCGCUGCAGCAGCAGGACGUGGAGCGCUGGCUGGGCUUCAUCACCUUCCUGUGCGAGGUGUUCGGCACCAUGCGCAGCAGCACGGGCGAGCCCUUCCGCGUGCUGGUCUGCCCCAUCUACACCUGCCUCCGGGAGCUCCUGCAGUCCCAGGACGUGAAGGAAGACGCCGUGCUGUGCUGCUCCAUGGAGCUGCAGAGCACGGGCCGGCUGCUGGAGGAGCAGCUGCCCGAGAUGAUGACCGAGCUCCUGGCCAGUGCCCGAGACAAGAUGCUGUGCCCCUCGGAGUCGAUGCUGACCCGGUCGCUGCUCCUGGAGGUCAUCGAGCUCCACGCCAACAGCUGGAACCCCCUGACGCCCCCCAUCACGCAGUACUACAACAGAACCAUCCAGAAACUGACAGCCUGACAGCCAGGGGCCUGGCGGGCGGCCCGCAGGCAGCUGGGCCCCGGUGCGUGGGCCAGAUGGACAGGCAGGCGGACAGGGGUGGCCCUGGAGAAAGAAACAAACGGGAGGAAGGCAGGCAGAGCCGGAGGCCCGUCUGGAGCCUGGCGGGAAGGGAUCGAACCCCAGGAUGCCCCCCAUCCGAGCCCCAGCCCCAGCGUGCGGCCGCGGCACGGUCAUGGGAGCAUGUUGCUUUUUCACGGUGGCCCGGCCCUCCCCCUUCACUCCUGCUCCUCCUGCCCCUCCCAGCAAGGAGCCCGCAGGCCUUUGUGCAGGGGUUUCAUCCCCUGACUCCUCCUCCAGCGGGCAGCCGGCGCACCAGGGCACCGCGUGGGUCGCAAAGGACCUCAGAGGCUGGAAAGUGGGUCGGAGAGGCGUGCAUUGUUCCCGCAUGCUGUCAGCCGCCGUCGCCAACUGGCAGCAGGCGACGUGUAGCAGAUGUCCGGGAGGACAAAGGCAGGCACGGUCCCCACCAGCCGCCCGUCAUGGACGGCCUUUGUCCACAGGGUUGAGCUGGGGACAGAGGCAUCCCUUCUCUUCCAAUCUUCGAGCUCCCCCCCCACCCCCAACUUCCAAGUCCUUCUCCCAGACCCCACGCCUGGGGCCUGGGCUGGGAGCAGGCGGGGAGCUGGGGAUUGUAGCUCUCCUUGCGCUCUUUUGUUUCAUUGUGUUAUAUUUUUCAAAAGUCAGCUGCUUUGAAGUCUCCUCUCUCAAUGAAAGAGCCGCGAUGUGAUCCCACAGGAGGACCCCGAUGAGGGACAUCACACCCACCCCCUGUGGCUGAAGGCUCCUAGCCACAGACAGCUUGCCAGUAGCCAAUUAGGGUAAUUGGAAACGUCUGCCCGUGGGGGUCCCUCCGGAACCUGGGCACCUCCCUGCUCCUAUUCUCGCUGCUCUCAAAGGGCUGACACCUCACACUGGGGUGCAAGGCCCUGGGCCUGGCGGUGAACCAGGCACAGCACAGGCUGGCAAACUAAAACCCAAACGCUAGGGGAUGUUUUCUGCUCCACACACAGGUCCUGUCCCAACCUCUGGGUGUGUGUGGGGGGGGAGGGGGGGCUCAGAAUGUAACUACAUGGGCCGUGUGACUGCCCUAAUCUCAUCCCAGGCAGGACCCAGGACCCAGCCCUCCCACAGCCCAGGUCCCCAUGCCCAGGGGGCUCGGGCACUGCCGUCCCCGGGCUGCUCACUGAGUCACAAGCAGGACAGUCAGGUGACCGGGCAGGGGUGCCAGGCUGCGAGCAAGGCAGGGCUCCUGCAGGAGUUGGGUCCUGGGAGGUUCCUCUGUGGAGGGAGAUGGAUAGGGCUCUGGACUGUUGUCACUGGCACCUGCACAGCACCCCACACACACACCUCCAGGGUCCGGAGCUCACACUGUGAUGAGCCCCAGAAAAUGACCUCGGCCCAGCAGCUUCCUUAUCUCCUCCUUUGCCGAGGCCAGUCACUCUGGGUCCCUGGAGGCGGCCUGGCUGCCCGGUCCGGUCAGGCUGGCACGAGGUGAGGGCUGGAGGAGGCUUCCCCUUGCUGACCCCGAGUCUGGGAAAGCAGGCAAGCGGGGAGGGGGCAGGGGGCAGGUUCCCAGUACUCCCUGGCUUUCCCACCAACUGCAACCUGCCUUCCAGCCGGGAUGGGAGCUCGUGCCAGUUCCCCAAAAAAGCGCCUGUGGGGGCAGAGGGUUACCUGCAGCCGGCCGGGUGCCUCUGUCGGAGCCAGCACCCUCGUGGCCCAGCCUUUGCCUUCUCCUGCUUCCCAAGCUUCCUCACACCUCCUCCCGCCUUUCCUCCUCAGCCUGCACCUUUAGCCCAUCCUGGGCCGGGACACCGGAGGCCCCCAGAAGGCCUGGAGGGAAGAGGGGGGCUGAUGUCAGGCUCAGAGAGGACACGGGGGAAAUCAGGAUCUGGAGGAGUCAGGCGGCCCCGCCAGGCCAGCAGCCGCUCCUGCCAGGCCUCAGACACACCUGUGCUGACAUGGGUCUUGCUUCCUUGAAGUGUAUGUGCAUGUGCGUGUGUGGGUGUGUGUGUGCAGACGUGUGUGUGCACAUGGGUAUGGGUGUGGGUGCAUCUGCUGAGAAGAAAACAGGAGGAAGGGAGAGGCCUAGGAGUGGGGGUGCAAGUCUAGAAGGCAGGAGAGUGGGGUCCCCCACCUCCACCCCAGCUCAGAGAGCAAGCUUCAUGCAGGGCCCCAGAUACCGGGCGUGCAGGGGCUGCUGUUCCGGGGAAAGCCGGGACAGGUGGCAUCCUGGGCGCUGCGGGCCUCGUGCCCUUCCUCCUGGGGCCCUCCUGGUGGUCUUGCCUGAGGGCCAACCCCUCCCUGACUGUUAGGACCAGAGUGUGAAGUGAGAUAUAAAUAUGUAUACAUAUAUAAAUAUAUUUUUAAUUACGUGUCGUGUCACGGUGGCUCCAGACGUGGUUUGCCUAGUUUAUCCCAUUGCUCGAAAGCGCUUCCUGGCCAAUCCGAGAAACAGUUUCAGCUGUUUUUUUCAAAAACAGGUUGCUGCUACUUUUUUCAGACGUGGAAGGAAAACAUUUAAAAAGGAAUCAUUUUUUUAAGGAAUUAACAUUAAAGGCUAAAACCUGAGACUCUGAAGCAGCUUCCCAGGAGAGACAAUUCAGACGGGAACUGGGGGGCCGCAUGGGCACCCCACAGACCCCCCUCCCCGGGUCAGGCCCCCCUCUGCUGUGUGAGAAGGCCAUAUCCAAGUUGACCUCUGAAUGUAUUUGAAGGGGCAAAACUGGGUAUUGCAUUUCUAGGGCUUGCGCAGUUCUCCCCACGGGCCCGUGGCUUUCUCGGCGCUCAGAGGCCGAGUCCGGCCAUCCGGUGUGGAUUCUGUCCGUCUCCCCUGCCAUCAAGGCGAGGCUGUCAUUGUUCUCCCGGGCAGCCAGCCUGCUCGCCGCAGCCUUGCUCCCCUAGGCCGUGUGGCUUUGCUGAGCUCUGGGACCGCUGCCCGGAGAAGGCUCCUCACCCACCGCCCUGGACCCACCAUCCUCGGUGAGGAGUGCACCUCCAAACCCAGUUCCGUCUGUUCGUCUGUAAACCUUCAAGGUCUGGGGAUCGUCCUGUCCAUCCAUGUAAAUGUAAAUGUUGGCCGAAUCGGUAUUUAUUCUAAUUUUUAUUUUAUUUUAUUUUUCUCCGGGGGCAUGGGGAGGGGGUGUGGGAAAUGUACCACUGAUCAUGCCCUGGGCAGCUGCAGGGGGCGGGCCCAGACUGCCAGGCCGCCAGAGGAGCAGCCCCUGGAGGCCGCCCCGGACGCCAAGCCCCCGUCUCCUCUGGCCUCAGAAACCAGCCCAGGCUCCUCGGAUGGCAGGUUCGGGGCCCCGUGGAGGCCUGGCUCCCAGCUGCUGGGCAACCUCUGGCCGGGCCUGUGAGGAUGCAGACCCGAGAGGAGACGGCCUUCCUCCACUGGGGACGGGUGUGCAGAGGGCUGCCUGCCUCGUGGGAGCCAGCGGGAGCCUGGGCGGUGGGACCUGCCGCCCUGGGCGGGGCCUGGGCUUCCGCCAACGCUGCAGCGGAUCCUGCUCACGCAACACCUCCCCUCCCUCGGUGUGUCCUGCUUUCCAGCUGAACCCAAACUACGAGUGGGUUUAAAAAAUAAACGGCACCGAAAAACAAGAA